AUGGCGAGCAUCGGCGAGCUGGCGAUUCUGGCUCACAAGUUCGUGACGUCGCCGCAGGCCAACCCCCAGACCUUCUGCAACGUCAUCAAGCUGGGCACCUUCUGCCGCACCGUGGUGUGGCCGUGUUUGCCGCCGCUGAUGAUGUACCAGUACAUCCGGGGCAAGGACGAGGACAUGUACGCCACGGAGUUGCUGUACUACAAGUCCGGGUCUAAGGAUCCCAAGGCCUUCUGGGACUCCUCCCGCCUCAGAGGCUCCGGACACUGGCGCAUGAUGCAGGACCUCGAGACCAUCAGGGCAACCGCCAACACCGAGUGA